AUAGGCACAUAGACAAUGUGCGCUGAAUAAGUCGAAGAACCAGUAAGCGCACGAUAGCUCAUUCCCAGAGUUAAAGGUUAUCCUCCUCCCCCUUCAUGCGCUCUACUCCCCCUCAAAUUCAUAAAUUUCUUCCCCGCCAUUUUUUCCACUCUCUUUCCUCCAUAAUUUUUGACCGUUAAUUCCACAAUUUUCAGCUUUUCAGCCUCAAAUCAAUUGUAAAGUUGUCUGAAUAAUUGCUGCAAGAAAUGACUGUUAAUGGAAGUCAGAAUAUGGAAUCCUCUGAGAAUGAAACAGAUCUGUCACAGGACAACAUUGAGUCUGUAGAGGAAAUACCAGAGGAUGCUAUAUUGUCACGACAAACAUCAGUCAACCUAGUCCCAUUUAUCGGCCAGAGAUUUGUUUCUCAAGAUGCUGCCUAUGAAUUUUAUUGCAGCUUUGCCAAGCAAUGCGGCUUUUCAAUCAGGCGCCACCGCACUAGGGGAAAAGAUGGGGUGGGUCGGGGAGUCACACGAAGGGAUUUCACCUGCCAUCGUGGUGGACAUCCACAGGCGAAACCUAGUGAGGAAGGAAAGUUACAAAGGAAUAGGAAAUCAUCACGAUGCGGUUGUCAAGCAUACAUGAGAAUUGUGAAACGGUCAGAUUUGGAUGUCCCUGAAUGGCGUGUUACUGGAUUUAGUAACAAUCACAAUCACGAACUUCUUAAAUCAGUUGAAGUACAAAUCCCUCCUUCUCAUUGCACCAUUUCUGCUGAUGACAAAAGUCGGAUUUGCUUGUUUGCAAAAGCUGGAAUGUCAGCCCGCCAGAUGUUGAGAUUGAUGGAGCUUGAGAAAGGCGUUAAAUUAGGUUGCUUACCAUUCACCGAACUAAAUAUCAGAGACCUGCUACAGUCUUUCAGACAUGUUGAUAAAGAUAACGAUGCUAUUGACCUCAUCAGCAUGUGUAAGAGAUUAAAAGAUGAAAAUUCUUAUUUCAAGUAUGAUUUUAAAUUAGAUGGUCAUAAUAGAUUAGAGCAUAUUGCUUGGUCAUACCCUUCAUCCAUCCAAAAGUAUGAAGCCUUUGGGGAUGCAAUAUUGCUGGACACUAAUCAUCGUCUGGAUGCUUAUGAUAUGCUUCUAGGCCUUUUGAUGGGGGUUGAUAAUCAUGGAAAGGCUUGUCUUUACAGUUGUGUUCUUUUGCGGAAUGAAAACCUGGAGUCCUUUACUUGGGCAUUGAAGACAUUUUUAUGUUUUAUGAAAGGAAAAGCACCACAAACCAUUUUGACUGAUCAAAAUAUUUGGCUCAAAGAGGCAAUCGCUUGUGAAAUGCCUGAAACCAAACAUGCAUUCUCUAUAUGGCAUAUAAUUGCCAACUUGUCAGACUGGUUUUCUUUGCCACUUGGGUCUCAUUAUGAUGGCUGGAAGACCGAAUUUUAUCGUCUUUAUAGCUUGGAAAUGGUUGAUGAAUUUGAAGCUGGAUGGAAGGAGAUGGUUGACAGAUAUGGACUACAAUCAAAUAAAUAUAUCAUCUGCCUUUAUGCAUUACGGGACUUUUGGGCUCUAUCUUUCUUGAGGCGCUACUUCUUUGCUGGACUCAUGAGUAGAUCUGUGACAGACUCCAUUAAUGCUCUCAUUCAAAGGAUAUUAAGUGCACAAUCUACACUUGACUGUUUUAUUGAUGAAGUAGCCAAUAUUGCAGAGUAUGAUGACCAUGGUGGAUCAAAGUUGAAGAUGCAGCAAAAUCAGAAAGUCUCUUUAAAAACAGGUUCCCCAAUGGAGUCGCAUGCUGCUACUGUUUUCACACCUUUUGCUUUUUCUCUCCUCCAAGAAGAGCUCGUUUCAGCCCCUCAAUAUGCCUCCAUUAUGGUUGGCGAAGGUUGCUUCCAGAUCAGACACCACACAGAGAUGGACGGAGGAUGCAAAGUGAUGUGGAACCCUAGUCAAGAACUCAUUCAUUGUAGUUGCCAUCAGUUUGAGUUUUUAGGCAUCCUUUGUCGUCAUAUUCUUCGUGUUCUCUCAACAAAUAACUGUUUUCGCAUCCCAGACCCUUAUCUGCCUUUGAGGUGGCGCCUGGUAUCAAAUGAGCACAUCGAAAAAGAACAAACGGAUAAGGCCAAAAUUCUGGAAGCCAUAGCUUCCACAAUUGUUUCAGAAUCUGUGAUAACUGAAGAACGCCUGACUUUUGCCUGUGAGCAUAUGUCAAUGGUACUGGCUCACAUCAAACAACUCCCUAAACUGAGCAAUCAUCAUGAAACUAAUGAGAUGGGUAUCAACAGCUCAGCAGGUUUGCUGAUUAUACCAGGAGUUGAAGGUUCUGCUGGGAUUUCUCAGUGUUUUUCCCUUGGAAAUCCUCACGAGUCUUUCUUGGUCAAGUUGAAAGAACAAAAUCCAAAUCCUGGGCUUGAGAAUAAUAUGUCUCGAAAAAGAAGGCGUGCUAUUCCUCCUUGUGAACAAUAUGCUCAUGAUGCAUGUGAUAGUGCAAUUAUUGAAGGUAAUACAGGUGGAGAUGCAUUCGGCGGCUUCUUGUAAAUUAGGAUCCUGUGGGAGAAAGAGAAAAGCAUAAGAUUUUAUACUGAAUAGAGGCUACUUGUCUGAAAGUUGAGAGACAAGGAAUUGCUAACUCAACGGACAAUAAUCAAUUAUCGCAACAGUUAUUUUUCUCUCUUUUUUUUUCAGAAUAUUCUUAUUCCUACUCUUUUUUUCAUGUGUUAGGAUGGUAAUUAUUAUUAUUAUUAUUUUUUUCUUUUUUUUUAAUUUUUAAUUUUUAUUUUUUACAGAGCCACAAAAACGAGCAAUGAGAAUUGAUCUCAUGAUCACCAGAACCGGAGGGGGGGCUCUAACCACUUGAGCUAUCUCUCACUCUCAUUACUUGUGUGUUGUGUGCGUGAAUAAUCAAUAGAAGUUAAUUUUGGUAUUUUUAUUCCUAUACUUGUACAUGUUUUCAACAAUGGCUAUGCUAUUGAAUUAAUCCAUCCGUCCUCUUUUGCAUGCCAGAAUACAUAUAAAAUUUAGUCGUUUGGAUGGUGGCCUAGUGGGGUAAAAUUUGCUACCGUACAUGUUUUAACCCAAGAUAUCUACCAUGAGCUCUCUUUUUUUGGAGAGAAAGAACCACAAAAUACAAAGGAAAAAUUGUAAGGAAGGUUCUUUUUAGUAGUCGACCUUGUGAGAAAGGUCUUUUUAAAAAAAAGGUGGCACAGAAGGCCUUUUUAUGGCGUUUUGGUUGUGAGGAGGGUCCUUUGACCAAACUCCGGCGUUGACCUCCGUUUUCCGGCCAAAAAAGUCACGUGAUGUGCAUGUGACCACUUAAAUCAACCUUUUUUUUUUUUUCUUUUUUUUCUUUUCUUUCUUCUUCAUCUUCUUCCUCCCUUUCAAUUCCACACCUCCAUGAAUGGCAUUUCCAGCCACACCUCCACCUCCGGCAACAAGGAACCCUAUCCCUUUCCCCCACCCUUUCUCCCUUUCAAAUCAUUCAUUACAAUGUUCCAAUUGGUGCUCUAUAUGCAUUUUCAUUGUGGCUUUCGAAUUCGGCUUACAUCUAGUUGAGUGUUUCAUUCAUUCAAAUGUUGAAGGCUUUGAUGCCUGAUGCUGUGUAUUCAAUUGGAGUCAUGUUUUGAGGCGAAACGAUGGCGAAUAUGAUGUCGAUUUCAUUUGGGGUUGCAAUUGCUGCUUAUGGUGAGGCGAAAUUUGAUGCUUGGGGUGUAACCCUACAAUUGGGGGCAGUUGCAUUUGAAGCUACUAGAUUGGUAAUGAUUCAGAUCUUGUUAACUUCAAAGGGUAUUAGUUUAAAUCCGAUUACAUUGCUUUAUUAUGUUGCUCCUUGUUGUUUGGUGUUUCUAUCAAUUCCUUGGAUGAUUGUAGAGUACCCAAUUCUAAGGGAUUCGUCGAGUUUUCAUCUAGAUUGGUUUAUAUUUGGGAC